AACUCCGGUUGCCAAGGAACCGCGCCGCGCUCGCCGCGGGCUCGCUCCCGUCUCGCGAGAUUUGGCGAGGCCCUUCCCGCGCUUUUUCUCGCCGGCGUGUGGGGACGUUGCUGAGGCGCCGAGGGCUCAGCCAUGGGCCGCUUGGAGCUGCUGUUCGUGGAGAACUUCAAGUCGUGGCGGGGCCGCCAGCUCAUCGGCCCCUUCAGGAGGUUCACCUGCAUCAUCGGCCCCAACGGUUCUGGAAAAUCCAAUGUAAUGGAUGCACUUAGUUUUGUAAUGGGAGAGAAAACAGUUAAUUUAAGGGUGAAAAAUAUUCAAGAACUUAUUCAUGGUGCACAUAUUGGAAAACCUGUUUCUUCUUCUGCAAGUGUAAAAAUUGUAUAUGUGGAAGACAGUGGAGAAGAGAAAACAUUUGCAAGGAUUAUCCGAGGGGGAUGUUCCGAAUUCCGUUUUAAUGAUAAUGUCGUGAGUCGUUCUGCUUAUAUAGCAGAAUUGGAAAAGAUAGGCAUAAUAGUCAAAGCACGAAACUGUUUAGUUUUUCAGGGAACUGUAGAGUCGAUUUCAAUGAAAAAACCCAAAGAAAGAACCCAGUUUUUUGAGGAAAUCAGCACUUCAGGAGAGCUUAUAGGAGAAUAUGAGGAGAAGAAAAGAAAAUUACAGAAAGCUGAAGAGGAUGCACAGUUUAAUUUUAAUAAGAAAAAAAAUGUAGCAGCAGAGCGCAGACACGCAAAAUUAGAGAAGGAAGAGGCAGAACGUUACCAGAGUCUCCUUGAAGAACUGAAAAUAAACAAGAUACAACUACAGCUUUUCCAACUAUAUCAUAAUGAGAAAAAAAUUCAGUUUCUGAGCACCAAAUUAGAGCAUCUCAAUAGAGAUUUGAGUAUCACAAAAGAGUCUUUUUCUCAUCAUGAAAGCAUAGUUAAAGCCAAGAAAAAGGAACAUGGAAUGCUAACUAGACAACUACAACAAACAGAAAAAGAAUUAAAAUCUCUUGAAGCCCUUUUAAAUCAGAAGAGGCCUCAGUACAUCAAAGCCAAAGAAAACACUUCUUACCACCUCAAGAAAUUAGAUGUGGCUAAGAAAUCAAUAAAGGACAGUGAAAAACAAUGUUCUAAACAGGAAGAUGACAUAAGAGCCCUGGAGACAGAGCUGGUUGAUUUAGAUGGAGCAUGGAAAAGUUUUGAAAAGCAAAUUGAGGAAGAGAUCUUACAUAAAGGGCGAGACAUUGAACUGGAAGCCAGUCAGCUUGAUCGCUAUAAAGAACUUAAGGAACAAGUAAGAAAGAAAGUAGCCAUAAUGACUCAACAACUGGAAAAACUGCAGUGGGAACAGAAGGCGGAGGAAGAAAGACUAGCAUUUGAAAAGAGGAGGCAUGGAGAAGUUCAGGGAAAUCUAAAACAAAUAAAAGAACAAAUAGAAGAUCAUAAAAAACGAAUAGAGAAGUUGGAGGAGUAUACAAAGACGUGCAUGGAUUGCUUAAAAGAGAAAAAACAGCAAGAAGAAACCCUAGUUGAUGAAAUUGAAAAAACAAAAUCAAGAAUGUCUGACGUUAAUGAAGAAUUGAAUCUUAUUGGAAGUGAAUUGCAGAAUGCUGGAAUUGAGACCCAUGAGGGAAAACGUCAGCAAAAGAGAGCAGAGAUUCUGGAACACCUUAAAAGAUUGUACCCAAAUUCUGUGUUUGGAAGACUACUUGACCUGUGUCAUCCUAUUCAUAAGAAAUACCAGCUGGCUGUUACUAAGCUUUUUGGCCGGUACAUGGUUGCCAUUGUUGUAGCCUCUGAAAAGGUAGCAAAAGAUUGUAUUCGAUUUCUGAAGGAGGAAAGAGCUGAACCUGAGACAUUCCUUGCUCUAGAUUACCUUGAUAUCAAGCCAAUCAAUGAAAGAUUGAGGGAGAUUAAAGGCUGUAAAAUGGUGAUUGAUGUCAUAAAAACUCAGUUUCCUCAGCUGAAGAAAGUGAUUCAGUUUGUGUGUGGAAAUGGCCUUGUUUGUGAGACUGUGGAAGAAGCAAGGCAUAUUGCAUUCGGUGGACCUGAAAGACGGAAAACAGUAGCUCUUGAUGGAACAUUAUUUUUAAAAUCUGGGGUGAUCUCUGGAGGGUCAAGUGACUUAAAAUACAAGGCUAGAUGCUGGGAUGAGAAAGAGUUAAAGAAUCUAAGAGAUAGAAGAAGCCAGUUAAUCCAAGAGCUAAAGGAUUUAAUGAAGACACUCCGCAAAGAAACAGAUUUGAAACAAAUACAGACUCUAGUACAAGGAACUAAUACACGACUCAAAUAUUCACAAAGUGAACUAGACAUGAUUAAAAAGAAACACCUUGCUGCUUUUUACCGGGAACAAUCUCAGCUACAAAGUGAAUUAUUGAAUAUUGAGUCUCAAUGUACUAUGUUGAGUGAAGGAAUUAAAGAACGACAACAAAGAAUUGAAGAAUUUCAAAAAAAGAUAGAUAAGGUAGAAGAUGAUAUUUUCCAACACUUCUGUGAAGAAAUUGGCGUGGAAAAUAUUCGUGAAUUUGAGAACAAGCAUGUUAAACAGCAACAAGAAAUUGAUCAAAAAAGAUUAGAAUUUGAAAAACAAAAAACUCGGCUUAAUGUUCAACUUGAGUAUAGUCGCAAUCAGCUGAAGAAGAAAUUAAGUAAGAUCAACACGUUAAAAGAAACUAUCGAGAAAGGUAGAGAAGACAUUGAUAACCUAAAGAAGGCUGAAGAAAACUGUCUUCAAAUUGUGGAUGAACUUAUGGCAAAGCAGCAGCAACUUAAGGACAUAUUUGUCACUCAGAAUUCCAACAUUGAGAAAGUUCAAACUCAAAUUGAAGAGGAACGAAAACAGUUUUUGGCUGUUGAUAGGGAAGUGGGAAAGUUGCAAAAAGAAGCGGUAAUCAUUCAGACAUCUCUUGAACAGAAACGAUUAGAGAAGCAUAACAUGCUACUUGAUUGCAAAGUUCAAGACAUUGAAAUAAUUCUUUUGUUGGGGUCAUUGGAUGACAUCAUUGAAGUAGAGGCUCUACAAUCUGAUAAAGAAAUUGAGGCCCACCUUAGGCUCCUACUGCAGCAAGUAGCAUCCCAGGAAGAUGUCCUAUUGAAGACAGCAGCCCCAAACCUGCGAGCACUGGAGAACUUAAAGACUGUCAAAGACAAGUUCCAAGAAUCCACAGAUGCUUUUGAGGCCAGCAGAAAAGAAGCCAGAAUGUGUAGGCAAGAGUUUGAACAGGUGAAAAAAAGGAGAUAUGAUCUUUUCAGCCAGUGUUUUGAGCACGUCUCAAUCUCAAUUGAUCAGAUCUACAAGAAGCUCUGCAGAAACAACAGUGCCCAAGCAUUUCUUAGUCCAGAGAAUCCUGAAGAACCUUACUUGGAAGGAAUUAGCUAUAACUGUGUGGCCCCGGGCAAACGGUUUAUGCCAAUGGACAAUUUGUCAGGGGGAGAAAAGUGUGUGGCAGCCUUGGCUCUCCUGUUUGCUGUGCACAGUUUUCGGCCUGCUCCAUUCUUUGUUUUAGAUGAAGUGGAUGCAGCCCUGGACAAUACUAACAUCGGCAAAGUGUCAAGUUACAUCAAAGAGCAGACUCAAGAACAGUUUCAGAUGAUAAUCAUUUCCCUAAAAGAAGAGUUCUAUUCCAAAGCUGAUGCACUAAUAGGCAUCUAUCCAGAGCAAGAUGACUGCAUGUUCAGCAGAGUUUUGACUCUAGAUCUUUCUCAGUAUCCAAACACUGAAGGUCGAGAAAGCAGCAAGAGCCAUCGAGAGUCCUCUUAGGAACUGGUGUGCCCUCGAGCAGCCAGCAGCCUUGUAGAGGUCAGGUGCAUCACUGUUCCGUCCCCUCUGAUAUCCCAACAGCUCCAGCCAGUGUGCCAUUUAAGGAAAAUCACAGUUGUUUUAGCCAAAGAGGCUAUAGCUCACUUCAGUUAAGGAGUAUUCCGGCCCCAUUCCAGUAAUCUUCACUCUAGUCUUGCCUCGUACCUUUAAGUACACUUUAAGGAAAUUCUUUUGUAAAUGUACUAGUUAUAGGAUGGUUAAUAAGUUGUUGAACCUGGCUUUUAAAGAAAUUGUUUCAGACAAACUUUGUCAAUAUUGAAAAUAUCAAUAAAAAUAUUCUAAUUUCA